UCACCACUCUUCUGCUUUCUUCUCUCCACCCCUCAGCACCAUAGAGGCAAGCUUUGGUUCAGGUCAUGUGGCUAAUCUAAAUACUGCGAGAGUCCAAAGCAUGCAGCUCUGAUUUCAGUUGAGCCUUGGAACCUGGAGGAAGCGUUGUGUUUUAGUCCGGAGAAGUUUGGAAGUCACCAUGGUUGACAGCAUGGACAUGGAGAAGCCAGAGAAGAGCUACUGCAUCCGCACCAAGCAUGUCAUCAUCAUUUGCGUGACGGUGGUGGUGUGCUCGUUGGCGGUGGGCCUCGGCGUGGGCCUCUCCAAAUCUGGCACCACACCCCCCAUCACCUCCACACCAGCACCCACGACAGGGCCCACCCAGCCCCCCCCGCCUGCCAGGGGGCCCUGUGCACCUUCCACCGUCGCCAGCGGCGACUGGAGGGACUUCCGUCUGCCCACCUACGUGAACCCGAUCCACUACGACCUGCACCUGGAGCCGGACUUGGUGGAGGACAGCUACACGGGCACCGUGGACAUCCACCUGAACGUCAGCAAGCCCACGCGCCACCUGUGGCUCCACAUCAGGGAGACGUUUGUCAGUGCCCAGCCCAGGCUGAGGAUGCUGAGCGGCCGAGCUGGCCAGAGGGAGGUGGCAGUGAAAGGCUGCUUCGAAUACGUGCCCCAGCAGUACGUGGUGGUGGAGGCCACAGAGGAGCUGCCUGCCACCGGCCCAGGAGAGGUGUACGUGCUCAGCCUGGAUUUCCAGGGCUGGCUCAACGGCUCCGUGGUGGGGUUCUACAGGGUCGUCUACUCCGAGAACGGGGUCACCAAGAAGAUCGCUGCGACCGAUCACGAGCCAACGGAUGCUCGCAAGUCGUUUCCCUGCUUCGAUGAACCAAACAAGAAGGCCACCUACAACAUUUCCAUCACUCAUGAUAAAAGCUACGGAGCGUUGUCCAACAUGGCUCUUGAGGGCGAGCCUCAACAACUGCCCGGCGAUAAAGUAAAGACCUCCUUCCAGAAGUCCAUUCCAAUGAGUACCUAUUUGGUGUGUUUUGCUGUGCACCAGUUCCAAUAUGUGGAAAGAACAUCCGCCCGAGGAAUUCCUCUGAGAAUCUACGCCCAGCCAAGUCAGUUAGGAACUGCAACGUAUGCAGCCAACACAACCAAAGUCAUCUUUGAUUACUUUGAGGAAUAUUUCAACAUGACAUACUCCAUCACAAAACUGGAUAAGAUAGCCAUCCCUGACUUUGGUACUGGUGCCAUGGAAAACUGGGGCCUCAUCACCUACCGGGAAACCAACCUGCUGUACGAUGACGAGCAGUCAUCGUCCUACAACAAGCAGCGAGUGGCCAGUGUCAUCGCCCAUGAGCUGGUUCACCAGUGGUUCGGGAACAUUGUGACCAUGGAUUGGUGGGAUGACCUCUGGCUAAACGAGGGCUUUGCCAGUUUCUUUGAGUACAUCGGUGUGGAGAAAGCUGAACCCAGCUGGGGCAUGCGAGACAUCAUGAUCAUCAGUGACGUGCUUCCUGUCAUGGUGGACGACGCCCUCCUCUCCUCUCACCCCAUCAUCGUGAAUGUGUCGACCCCAGCAGAGAUCACCUCUGUGUUCGAUGCCAUCUCGUACAGUAAGGGAGCGUCCAUUCUCAGGAUGCUGGAGGAUUGGAUGGGAAAAGACCUGUUCAGAGACGGCUGUCGAAAAUAUUUGAAAGACUACCACUUCAAAAACGCAAAAACUGCCAACUUCUGGGAUUCUCUUGCCGACGUAAGCGGGCUGCCGGUUGCAGACGUCAUGGACACCUGGACCAAACAGAUGGGUUAUCCUGUGCUGGACCUGUCCGUCUCAGAGACAGUUGCCAAACUGAGCCAGAGGCGAUUCCUCCUGGAUCCCAAAGCUAAUCCCACCGAGCCGCCUUCGCCUCUCGGGUACAGUUGGACAAUUCCAGUCAAAUGGCACUCUGUGAAAAGUGACAAAAAUAUGCUGGCCAUGUUUCAAAAGAGCAGCACAGAACACGUACUCAGUAACUAUUUGGCCUCGGAGGACGGGCUGCUGAAGGUCAACAACGAUCACCUUGGAUUCUACAGGGUCAACCACGAGGACCACAUGUGGAACGCUAUCAGUCAACAGCUAGAGAGCAAACACUCGGAGUUCGAUGCAGCUGAUCGCACAAGCUACAUUGACGAUGUCUUUGCUCUCGCAAGGGCAGAUGUUAUAGAUUAUGGUAAUGCCUUCAAUCUUACCAAGUACCUGACCAAUGAGACGGACUACAUAGUGUGGGACCGCGUGGCCUCCUCCAUCGCGUACGUCCGAGACAUGCUGUCAGGCAACGCUGCACUCUACCCAUUGUUUCAGGAACUGUUUCGUAACCAUGUUAAAGCCAUCCAAACCCAACUCGGAUGGAAUGACACCGGAACACAGACGCAGAGGUUGCUGAGGGAGACGGCACUUGGCAUCGCCUGUCAGAUGGGAGAUCAGGAAGCACUGGACGAAGCCUCUCGCAUUUUCGACCAGUGGAUCAGUGGAAGUGUCAGCAGCGUGGCAGUGAACCUGAGGCUGCUGGUCUAUCGAUAUGGCAUGAAGAACUCAGGCACCGAAGCAAAGUGGAACACAAUGUUCCAGAGGUACAAAGACACGUCUCUGGCUCAAGAGAAGGACAAGCUGCUGUAUGGACUGUCUUCUGUGGACAAUAUUGAACUCCUCUACAGGCUGCUGGAGGCCUGUAAAGAUGAGAGUGUGGUGAGGAGUCAGGAUCUAUUCACCGUGGUGCGAUACGUUUCCAUCAACCCACUGGGGCAGGACAUGGCCUGGGACUGGACCACACUCAACUGGGAUUACCUGGUCAACAGGUACACCAUCAACGACAGGAACCUUGGACGCCUACUCGGUCGGAUUACCACCUCCUACAACACAGAGCUCCAGCUAUGGAAGAUGGAGCAUUUCUUCAGUCAAACUCCAAACGCUGGUGCCGGGGAGAUGCCCCGGAAACAGGCGCUUGAGACGGUGAGGAACAACAUCGAAUGGAUCCGGAGCAAUGAGAACGAGAUCAGAAGCUGGCUGGAGAGCAAUGUGGCCUUAAGGGGCCACAGCCUGUGAAACACUUUAGAAAUAGUUUAGCUUUAGUUUUGGCCCCUUUAACAGAGUGUGGUUCUGCUCUUCAAAUAUUUCCAUAAGCAUCCAAAGCAUUCACUACACUGCCUCACACCAAGUAGGUCAGUUAGGCAUUGAGUUAGGAGUUGUGAACAAUCUAUCUACUGCAAACAGUUCAACAUCCCAUUAUGUGGCUAGUUCUACAUCGAUGCUUCAUUUCUUAUCUGGCGAAUAUAUUGGAGUAGAUUUUAACUUGUGGCAGAGUGAGUUUUCUAUUGGCAGCACAUUGCAGCCAUGAAGCUCACACCUCCCACAUGAUGUGAAGCUGCAUUCUGCCGUUUGUAUCUGUGAGCAAUAAUGGAACUGAAACUUGCUGAAGAGUUGAAUAAACAUUUACUUAAACAACUGAAUUUGCGC